GAAGACAGCGGCGCCUACCGAUGGGAGCAGCGGUUCUCGGCUGGACCGGGUUGGUGGCCUGAAUGUAUUAGCUUUGCUCCGUCUGCCCAAGAGAAAUAAGAAUGUCUAAGCCCCUGGAGGCCGAGAAGCAAAGUCUGGACUCCCCGUCAGAGCACACAGACACUGAAAGAAAUGGACCCGACAUUAACCAUCAGAACCCCCAGAACAAAGCAUCCCCAUUCUCUGUGUCCCCAACUGGCCCCAGCACCAAGGUGGGCAUUCUCUCUGGCCUCCACUUAACAUUCUGGGGUCCCGGACCCUGCCUCUCUCCUCCCCAGAUCAAGGCUGAAGACCCCAGUGGUGAUUCAGCCCCAGCAGCACCCCCGCCCCCCCAGCCGGCUCAGCCUCAUCUGCCCCAGGCCCAACUCAUGUUGACGGGCAGCCAGCUAGCUGGGCUCUCAGCGCUGAUACCUGCCCAGCAGCAGCUCCUCCUUCAGCAAGCUCAGGCCCAGCUGCUGGCCGCCGCGGUCCAGCAGUCCAACGCCGCCGCCGCCAACGCUGCUGCCGCUGCCGCUGCCGCCUCCACCUCCUCCUCCACCUCUUCUGCCUCCUCCUCCACCUCGCAGACCCCAGCCUCCUCUGGGGGAGGCGACCUGCCGCCAUCACAGCCUACCAGCCAGCCCCCAGGGACCCCACAGCUCACCUUGUCCCAACCCAUCCAGCUCACAGCACAGGACAUACAGCAACUCCUCCAGCUCCAACAGCUGGUGCUUGUCCCCGGCCACCACCUCCAGCCACCUGCUCAGUUCCUGCUGCCACAGGCGCAGCAGAGUCAGCCAGGGCUGCUACCAACGCCAAAUCUAUUCCAGCUACCUCAGCAAACCCAGGGAGCUCUCCUGACCUCCCAGCCCCGGGCUGGGCUUCCUACACAGCUCCAUCCGGGUCCUCGAUCCUGCAUCCCAUCCACCUGCCCACCUUACCAGGCUAUGACUCGCCCCACGCUGCCCGACCCGCACCUCUCACACCCGCAGCCCUCGAAAUGCUUGGAGCCACCAUCCCACCCGGAGGAGCCCAGUGAUCUGGAGGAGCUGGAACAGUUCGCUCGCACCUUCAAGCAACGCCGCAUCAAGCUGGGCUUCACACAGGGUGAUGUGGGCCUGGCCAUGGGCAAGCUCUAUGGCAACGACUUCAGCCAAACGACCAUUUCCCGCUUCGAGGCCCUUAACCUAAGCUUCAAGAACAUGUGUAAACUCAAGCCCCUCCUGGAGAAGUGGCUCAACGACGCAGAGACUAUGUCUGUGGAUUCAAGCCUACCCAGCCCAAACCAGCUGAGCAGCCCCAGCCUGGGUUUCGACGGGCUGCCGGGGCGGAGACGCAAGAAGAGGACCAGCAUCGAGACGAAUGUCCGCUUCGCCUUAGAGAAGAGUUUCCUAGCGAACCAGAAGCCUACCUCAGAGGAGAUCCUGCUGAUCGCAGAGCAGCUGCACAUGGAAAAGGAAGUGAUCCGCGUCUGGUUCUGCAACCGGCGCCAGAAGGAGAAACGCAUCAACCCUUGCAGUGCGGCCCCCAUGCUGCCCAGCCCGGGAAAGCCGACCAGUUACAGCCCGCACCUGGUCACACCCCAAGGGGGCGCAGGGACCUUACCAUUGUCCCAAGCUUCUAGCAGUCUGAGCACAACAGUUACUACCUUAUCCUCAGCUGUGGGGACACUCCAUCCCAGCCGGACAGCAGGAGGGGGUGGGGGCGGGGGCGGAGCCACGCCCCCCCUCAAUUCCAUCCCCUCUGUCACUCCCCCACCCCCGGCCACCACCAACAGCACAAACCCGAGCCCUCAAGGCAGCCACUCGGCUAUCGGCUUGACGGGCCUGAACCCCAGCGCAGGAAGCACAAUGGUGGGGUUGAGCUCUGGGCUGAGCCCAGCCCUCAUGAGCAACAACCCUUUGGCCACUAUCCAAGGUGCGUGCUGCCUCAUGUCACCCCAUUGCCACCAGCCCUGCCCUCUCCUGGGCCUCGAGGCCCCCUCCCCAUUGCUGCCCCAGCCAUGCCAUCCUGCCCUCCCGCUCACUGCAUUGCUUGCCUGUUCAUCACCAUCUGUCUUCGGGGAAGGUGUGAGGGUGCUGCUUCUUGGGAGUCAGUGGGACAGACGGGAGAUGGGCUGUUCAGGCAGGGUCCACAGAGGCCAAGGUCUCCCUGGCCUGAUGUACCUCCAGCUCAGCCUCUCUUUCUCCUCACCAGCCCUGGCCUCUGGUGGAACCCUGCCCCUUACCAGCCUUGAUAGCAGCGGGAACCUGGUGCUGGGGGCAGCCGGUGCGGCCCCAGGGAGCCCCAGCCUAGUAACCUCGCCUCUCUUCUUGAACCACACCGGGCUGCCCCUGCUCAGUGCCCCACCAGGCGUGGGUCUGGUCUCAGCAGCGGCUGCAGCUGUGGCAGCGACCAUCUCCAGCAAGUCUCCUGGCCUCUCCUCCUCGUCUUCAUCCUCCUCCUCCUCCUCCACUUGCAGUGAAGUGGCAGCGCAGACCUCUGGAGGCCCGGGGGGACCCGAGGCAGGGUCCAAGGCCGAGUGAGAGCCCACCAUGCCUCCCCUCCUACUCCUCUGAGUCCCCUGACCUUGGUCCCCUGCCCAAGAGAGGGUGAGGAGGCUGGUGGGGGAUACAGUGGAUCCUCGGAGCAGGAGUGACGAAGGAGGAAAAGACCAAAAAUCCAACCAAAAACAAAAACAAACAAACAAACAAAAAGAAACCAACCAACAAAAAAGAAAACCAAAAAUGUUCACAACAGAAACCAGCUGCCCUAAAGGAACCAGAGAAGAAAAACAAAGAAACGAACAAAAAACACCUCCAAACUAACCAAACACCCCUACCCCCAAACCAAACAAACCAAAAACCAGUCUUGAGCCAGAUCUUGGAGUGCUCACUGCUAUGACACCAAAUAAGAACCCUCAGCCAGGAGCGGAGCGGCCUCCAGCAGGCCGGACCUCAUGCCGCAGAGCCCUGGCUGUGGGACCAACUCCUAACCUUACCCCACUGGGGGUGGGCAGAGAAGGAACCAGAGAAUGUGCCAGCGUGCUGGCCCAGCCCCAGCCCUGGGCCAAUAGAGACAGGCACUGCCUGGGGCAGGAGCCCAGGGCCCAGAGCCACCUACCAAAUGGUCUUUUCCAGAAGGUAAAAGAGAAAGGACCCGAACAACCUUACACCAAAUACUCAGUAGCUUCAUCCAAAGGAUGUACAGAGUUUUUAGUGUUGCGCUCAACAGAAUGUGUGUCUCUUCUACGUGUUCCCUCUCCCCAGCUCCCCGGCUCUCCCCAACAGGGCAGGGGUCUUGCUUUAAACUCCCCUCCCAACACCCCCAGCCUGGGGAGAGUUCAGAGGAAGGCCUAGGAAUGGACAUUUUUGUCCUCUGCUCCUUCCUUUCUCCCGUUGAAGGGUGGGCUAGGCCAUUUUUUUUUGCCGAGUUCCAGCUCUCAAAAGCCCCCUCCUCAGCCCCUGUCACCUUUCUGCUCUGGAGUCUGCCUCCUCCCCAGCCUGUGGGAAGGUUGUGGGCUCGAGCAAAGGGGGAUGAGGUGAGGGCACCCAAGUUGUCUUUCUUCCCAUCCUGUCUGUCAGUUUCCCUGAAAAAAAAAAAAAAUCAUAUUCCAGUGCCUAUCCGUGGGAUCUUCACGUUCUUUCACAUUAACCAGAAACCAAAAAGAUUAACUCUCCUUGUUCCGCCCACCCUAUGCCCCUUACGACACUGGCAGAUACCUCUCCCUUCCCCUCCCCUCCCCACCCUCCAAUGCACACUCGCACACGCCCCAGUGGACUCCUCCGGAUGGCAUCUCCAUCAGGGACCGCGUGGUGGUGACAUCACCAUGACCUGUGGUUCCCCAUGCAAGCGGCCACCACUCCCACGAGACCUCCACGAGUCUUGGCUGGACCCUAUAUUUGCCUAGCUCUGGACGCAUCUCAGCCGUGGACAGAGGAGCCGCUGCCGGGAGCCGCCAUGCUCUCCUUCCAUCAUGGAGGCCAACAAAGUUUUGAACCAAAAAAAACCAAAACAAACAAACAAACAAAAACACACAAAAACCCAACAAAAACAGAAAACCAAACAAACAAUAAAAUUAAAACUAGAAAAAAGAAUUUAUAGAUAUAUAUAUAGAUAUAUAUAUAUAUAUGGGAAAGAAGAUGAGGACUCUUCAAGACGAGAAUGAGCCCUGCAGAGUGAUCCAGGCCUUUGGUUGCCUAGGCGGAUGGAAUGAUGGACGCUUCUUUCUCUUCACAAAUACCUCAUGGACGUCGUCGUCGUCUUCAGAAAGCUGGAGUGGGGUGCG